GCACGGGGGAGGGAAUCCCCCGAGAAUGCCUAUAAAUCCAUCAGAUAAGAGGACAGCAGCAACACACUCCUCUGAUCUGCUGAUUCACCAGGCUCGCGACCAAAGAUCUCUAUCUGAUCAGAAGGAUGGCAAACUUUAAUUUCUACUUCGUCAGCUGUUUGCUGCUGCUGACCCUGAGCUGGCGCACAUCCACGGGAGUCCCGCUGCACACUCCGGACGCAGAAAAAUGCGCACAGUGCUCAGAGCACUUCAAGACUCUCCUGCAGAAUAUCAAAGGGCUUCUCAACAACGUGAGAUCUGAUAAGGUGGUGAUAGGGAGCACAGCUGAGACAUCACUGGCCUGUGCACCCACUCUGACUCAGACCUCAGGUUGCAUGAUGCAAAGAAAUUCAUCCUUCAGUGAGAGUGAAUGUUUGAGGAACAUCAUGAAGGACUUGGUGUUCUAUGAGGCUGCUAUUAAAUCCUACAUCAAGUCCCCACUCAGAAGUCCUCAAGAAGAAGUUCCACCUCUGGAACAAAUUCUGGAAAUAAUAGGGAGCCUGAAGAAGUGCUCCCUGAUGCUAAAUGGAGAGAGCAACACUUCAGAGGAGGAUGUUGCCCAGAUGUGGGGCACCGACACCUUCAAUAACAGACAGGAGAUGCAUAAGAUAAUGAGGGGCUUCUAUGUCCGAACCAUCACCAUCAACCGAGCCAUGGGCUACAUCUCCUCAGGGGACCACAGGAAGUAAAUGACCCAGUGACCUCGUCCUCAAAACCAUCCUGCCAAUCAAUACUACUGCAUCUCUAUUCAUUUAAAUUAUCACAACUGAACAAGCCUUCCUGAUCACUCACUACCAUCAACUAUACCUACAACUACUAACCAAGUAGUUCUUUACACUGCACAUGCUGUACAACUGUCUGCAUGAUUACUGCUCAGGCAUAAGCUAGCUGGCUUGAUUCCAGCCUCUUCACUGAGAGCUGAAUGACAGUCAAACUAUUGCUAAGGUUAGCAGUGGAGGCCAUGUUGGCUAUUUUUUUGACAGAAUGUAUUCCAAUAUUUGGGAGAAUGUAUAAUCUAUUUAAGAUGUAUUUAUUUAAUUUAUUUAUUUGAUGGCCUGUGAUGUUAUUUAUUGUUAUUUAUAAUAAAGUUUUUUGGUAUCAAGUGCUGAGGAGGUUUUUGAAUGAAACUGGAGCUGAUGACACUUGGUGAAGAAAAAUACCACAUCCAGGAGACCUACUCUUGUUUUAUUCAGUCAACAUGUGCUUUUUCACCUUUACUCCAAUAGUCUUUGGAUGGAUUCAAACAAAAAGCAAGUGCAAAAAGGACUGACUGGAUUGUUUGUGGGAAAGUGUUUGAGGAAACAACUCUGUUCUCUGAAUGUAAACACUGCUGCAUAGCACCUGUGUGGACGACCCUGAAAGAUUAACACAUGCCAAUUUUGCAGCUUUUCUCCACAUUGUGUUGAGAUGCCUGAAAAUAAAAAGGAAACGAAUCAGCA